GAGUCCAUCUUUCUAAAGUAUGUCUACAAAUUGGGGCUCACUUUCCGCACCAAGAUUUCAACCACGCUGGACUUCAACCAAGGCUACAAAGGAGGCAACAAAACAUUGGAUGACAUCAUGGAGUGCUUCGUUUCCGAAGCCCUGGAAGCUUAUUGGAAAGGGGUGCAAGGCCCGUAUGAAUGUGGCAAUUUUUUUCUGGUCUUCUUACGGCAAGAGGGAGACCUUCCAGCGCAAGCGAAGAUUUGGCACUUGGAGCGAUCUUUCACUAAUUUCCCGAACCCUAUGUGCUGUCGGUGUAUGGCUGAUGGGUACGAAAUUGACUUCGCUGACCUCAGGCUAAAUGCCACAUGGAGAAGCACAUCGUACAUGAUAAAGCCAUGGGGAACAACCUCGCCCAUGCACAACUUACCUGGUGGCACUGAGGAAAUUUUCCUUGCGAAAGAUUUAUUCCACCUGAGCAACCUGGGGAUAACAAGAACGUUUGUUGCAUCCCUGAUUUGCUACCUUGUUUCAUUGGGCUUCUUCACGGAUCCAGAUGGAGGCAAUUCCAUUCCAUCUCGCUUGAAUCAAGCUUAUCGAGAUUUCCGGGACUACUGCCGCAUGACAAGGGAAACCCCAGACAUCAAGCACUUCAGCCGUGAUGGUUUCAGGUGGAAAACUCCUACAAGCUUUCCUGAGUCAAGCAUGAAAGGAUCCGACACCCGGCUAAUUCUGAAAUGGUUGAUGGAUUUCUUGUCCAUGCCGUGGUCGCUGAAUGAUGUUCUGUUGUCUGCCCUGGCGGCUGGGAAUGGCAUGGACGCUUUUCACCGUCUCUGUUUUUCGGCUGAGAACAGGGUUUGGCUCAGCACUGCAGAGACGCACAAGGCAGCUGAACACCUGGGCUCUUUCAUGGUCCACUAUUAUGCUGCGGCCAAGUUGUGUUUCGGACAGCGCAAACUGUUUUUCAACUUGACUCCGAAAUACCAUUACAUGUUGCACCUUCAUGAUGAUCUUGUCUUGCAUGAGGGUCAAGAGUAUUCCAUAAACCCAGCAAUCUGGUCCACCCAAAUGGAUGAGGACUAUGUUGGGGUGACUUCUAGGAUGUCAAGGUCUUGUCACCAAAGCACUGUAGCAUUCCGUACGGGAGAUAGAUGGCUUGUGAGCACGUACCAGAAAUGGCGAUGUGCAGCAACUUAG